AUGUCUGGAGAUUCCAAGGCCAAAUACAACGUGGUCUUUGUGCUGGAGGACCUGGUGCUGGGAAAGGCACUCAGUGUGAAAGAAUACAGGAGGUCAGUAUUUGGUUUUCAACAUUUGUCUGCUGGUGACUUGCUGCGCCAGGAACGUCUUCAGCCCAACUCUGAAUAUGGGGCCGAAAUUGAGAGGCAUAUAAAAGAGGGCUCCAUUGUGCCAGUGAAUAUCACUUGCUCAUGUAUACGCAGGGAAAUGGAGAAAAGUCCCCAAAAUAAAUUCCUCAUAGAUGGAUUUCCACGCAACAGGGAUAACCUCGAUGGGUGGAAUCAGGAGAUGAGCAGAGUGGCUGAAGUCAAGAGGGUGCUGUUCUUUGACUGUCCUGACCAGGUGUGCAUUGAUCGCUGCUUGAACCGAGGGCUGACUAGCGGCAGAACCGAUGACAAUGCCGAGAGCCUUAAGAAGAGAAUCCAGACGUACAGGGAGUCCACCUUGCCAGUCAUUAAACACUAUGAAGCUCUGAACUUGGUGUCAACCUGUCUUCAACCUCAGUGUGUUUUCGAAGAUGUCAAGAAAGUUUUUGAGGCGCUGAAGUGUUGA